UAAUGUGAUGCGUGCUGCGUAAGUAUUAUAACUUAUACUCCCUGAAACGUAACAGAUAUAGUUUAAUAGUUUUUAUACUUAAUAUUUAAGUUAAUAGUUUAUUAGAACGUCUACUUACGUUAUUACGAUGUCGAUACAAACUUUCGAUAGCUUCUAUUUUGUCAUUUUAUCGAUUAUGUUUUUACUACGUUAUUUGCGAAAGUUUCGGCUGACGCUACAAAUGCCGCCUACCACAUAAAAUUCAAAAAACUGAAUUGUUGAAAUUAAAUACAUGAAUAAAUUAAAAGUUAAUUCGCGGCGCACUAAAAAUCUGUUGCAAUAAUUUUAUAUCGAAUGUGAAGAUGUUAUUAAUUGCGAACAUGGACAGUUCAAGUGAUUUCUAUGCAAUAAAAGUUCAACAACUGUCGGCCUGCUGGGAAAAGUUGAGUUUCUUUAUUUCCGUAUACCUACCAAGUUGGAACAUAAUACUGCUCAUAACAACUAGUAUACAGAUAUCAUCGCUAAAGUUUAAUUUCCGGCAACGAGUUUGAAAGGAAACACAAACGCGACACAUUUAAUUCAAUCAAAGUUGAAAUUGAAAAGCCAACUGAAUCUAAAACCGGAAAACUAUAUUUGCUACGCAAACAUUGUAAUUACUUGUGACGGUGAAAUUCUCUACGAUAAAAAAAAAACAUUUAAAACAGAUCGCACAGUAUAUUUAAAUAUAUUAUUCCUAUUAAAAAUUUAAUCAUCAUGACGCACUGGGAGGAUUUUUAUAAUACACAUUUACCGCCAACCGAUUUCGAGGAUAAUCGUUCAUUAUUGAAAGAAUUUUGUGAACGUCACAAUAAAUUGCAAAACCGUAUCGUCCUUGUAACGUCAGGUGGGACCACAGUACCUCUGGAGCACAACACCGUACGCUUUGUUGAUAAUUUUAGUGCGGGAACACGUGGCUCAGCAUCUGCUGAAUAUUUCCUCGAUCAUGACUACGCCGUUAUAUUUAUGUAUCGCGUCAAGUCGUUAGAACCGUUUACACGACACCUUACCGGCCAACAAUUUUUUGAUAUGCUCGACAUUACCGACAAUGGGCAAAGUACAGCGAUUACGGUUAAACCGGAUUCCGUUGAUGUAUUCGCACCGAUUUUAGCCAAAUAUAAACAAGCCCGCGAAUCCCAAAUGAUUUUGUAUGUUAACUUCAACACGGUGGCGGAUUAUUUGUGGCUAUUACGUGCCGCAUGUGAAUGUCUAGCGGCGUUCGAGGAGAGAGCGUUGUUAUAUUUAGCAGCGGCAGUAUCAGAUUUCUACGUUCCUCAGGAUAUGAUGCCUACUCACAAAAUACAGUCCGGUCAAGGUGCACCGACAAUCUCGCUGCAGUUGGUGCCAAAAAUGCUUGCGCCAUUGGCAAGCCUCUGGGUGCCACAUGCAUUUGUUGUCUCAUUCAAGCUGGAAACAGACGAGAAUUUAUUGAUUACCAAGGCGCGCGAUAGUCUCUUCAAGUACAAUCAUAAGAUGGUUAUUGCGAAUAUUCUACAAACACGUAAACAUCGCGUCGUUUUCGUUUCGCCAACCAUGUCGUACGAAGUGCAUCUGAGCAGAGAGCAGGCGCUGCAAGGACUCGAAAUUGAGGAGCCAAUUGUUGCCGAUCUCGUGAAAAGGCACAGUGAAUACAUAAACGGAGCAUCAACGAAUCGACAAUGACCACAGUCGGUGCGGCAAAGACGUCACAUGCAGGUCGACUGUCGCGUGACAACACCACAUUUUUGUCGUCUAUUGAAUCCAGGACCAGGCGUCGGCCGUAAAUAUUAAUUUAAGGUAAAUGUGUGUGUGUACUACAUCGCUAUAAGUGAUAGUCUAUAUACAUAUAUAAAUAAAUAUAUGUAUGUAAGUGGGGGAAAGUUAUUAGAAAAGCAACAGAGGCAAUAGCAUCGAUUGAAGGUUAUAUCACAAUUAGUUUAUAAAAAUAAAAUAAGAAAUAUUAAAGUACAUAUGUAUAUAGUUUUUAUACAAUAAGAAUGCAACAGAGAAAUAAUAUACGAUUAAUAGUAA